AUGGCCGUUAAUACCACGGCACCUUCCAAAGGUAUCACGAUUUUAACUGGAAACUCACAUCCUGAUCUUGUUAAACGCAUUUGCAAGCAUCUCAAUACCCCCCUAUGCAAGUCUGUGACGUCGAAGCAUUCCAACGGCGAAACCUAUGUUGAUAUUCAAGAAACUGUCCGAAGUCGGGAUGUUUAUUUAAUUCAAACUGGAGCUGAUAAAGUCAAUGACGAUAUAAUGGAAAUGCUAAUUCUGGCUUUUGCAUGCAAAUCUGCCUGCGCAAGGCGUGUUGUCCUUGUCGUCCCUUAUCUUCCAUAUUGUAAACAGAAUAAAAUGCGCAAACGUGGUUCAAUUCCUUGCAAAUUGGUUGCCCAAUUGAUCUGUUCAGUUGGAAUUGACCAUGUUAUCACAAUCGAUCUUCAUUCAAAAGAAAUUCAAGGCUUUUUCGAUGUUCCUGUUGAUAAUCUACGCGCUUCACCAUUCUUAAUCCGUUAUGUUGUUGAAACAAUUGCGGAUAAUCGCAAUUGUGUCAUCGUUGCUAAGAAUCCGAAUAGCGUUGCUAGAGCUACUAGCUAUGCUGAGCGUCUUCGUGUUUCGUUGGCUGUCAUUCAUGGUGUUGACCGAGAGGAAACUGAACAAACUGAUGGUCGUACUUCACCUCCGCCUAUGGAAGGAGAGCUAAAAGACUGGGAUACAGAUGAAAUAAAUAGUGAUUUCAUGUCACAAGAUGGCGAGAUCUUACGUAGGUCGAACAUUGAGGCUUCUAGUGGCGUUGGUGAAGAAAAUGAAACUCCGCUUAAUUUGUCUACACCAGUCCGCAGAAAGCGUGAAUCUGAAUCGGUCAAUUCAAGUAGUGGACUCGAGCCUGAACCGCUUACUUCACCCUUCGUACACAAUAUGCUUGGGUUCCUGCCAGCUUUGCAGGAGAAGGAAAAGCCCCCACUCAAUCUGGUGGGCAACGUGUUGGGCAAGAUUGCGAUCAUUGUGGAUGACAUUGUUGAGGAUGUCGAUGAUUACGUGACCGCGGCGGAACUUCUUCACUCUCGUGGUGCUUACAAGGUCUACCUGAUUGCUACCCAUGGUCUUUUGACUAACAACGCUUCUGAGAAGCUUGAAAACAGCUACUUCGACGAGGUUGUUGUCACAAACACAGUCCCACACGACGUUCAAAAGAUGAAAUGUCACAAAAUUCGCACUGUUGACAUCUCACCUCUGCUUGCUGAAGCUAUUCGACGUAUUCAUAAUGGGGAAUCAAUGUCCUACCUUUUCAUGAAUGUCUCCAAGAAGGACUAA